AUGCUCUCACACGCGAUCCAAUACGCGGACUACUUUGCCAGGUCAGUUCGGAAUGACUCCAUAGCUCCAGGUGGCAUGUACACCUCUGGCAAUGGGACAAGUCUCAGCAACGCUAGCCCUGGAGUGAAUGCGUCCAGUCUCGGAACCUCCGCGACUGGAGGUGAUUUAUUUGACAUGUACGCCAGAAACUACCCGUACGUCUCGUCGACCGAGGAGCAGAACUACAUUGAGCAGCUGAGCGACAGCCUUCGCAACCAAUCGGCUGCCAACCGGAGUUAUGGAGGAUACGACUACGGAUUGGAUGCUCUGCCAGCUCCCGAGUGUAGCAACGCAUACUCAGCUGGACCGUACUUCCAGCUCACCAGCUACUUCUUGUACAUCACAAUCUUUGUGACGGCAGUCAUCGGUAAUUCAAUCGUGCUAUUUAUUGUACAGUCAAACCCACGGAUGCGCACGGUCACCAACUUUUUCAUCACGAACCUCGCCGUCGGGGACCUGAUGAUGACGCUCUUCUGCGUCCCGUUUACCUUCAUCUCGCUAUUCGUGCUACAGUACUGGCCGUUUGGGUUGGCUAUGUGCCGAUUGGUUAACUACACGCAGGCAGUCUCGGUGUUGGUCAGUGCGUACACCCUUGUCGCUAUCAGUGGUGACCGGUACAUCGCCAUCAUGUGGCCACUUCGACCACGUAUCACUAAGACCUGUUCCAAGUGCUUGAUAGGGAUUGUUUGGAUUAUCGCCCUCAUUACGGCCGUUCCGAUCGCUAUCUUCUCGACGCUCUACUUCCCAAGUGACUGGCAUAUUCAGUGCAAUGUGCCGAUCUGUGCGGAAAAAUGGCCCUCACGCGAACAGGACGACUACUACACGGUCGCGCUCCUGACGACCCAGUUCAUCGUGCCGCUCGUCGUGCUGAUCUUCACCUACACACGCAUUGCGAUCGUCGUCUGGGGAAAGCGGCCACCUGGUGAGGCGGAAAACUCGCGCGACCAGCGUAUGGCCAAGUCCAAGCGCAAGAUGAUCAAGAUGAUGGUAACCGUGGUGAUCGUGUUCACGAUCUGCUGGCUACCGUUCAACCUAAUAAUGCUCCUGAAACUCGAAUCAUCCUGGGAGUUACUGCCGUACUUCUGGUUCGCCUUCCACUGGCUGGCGAUGUCUCACAGCUGCUAUAACCCGAUCAUCUACUGCUACAUGAACGCCCGCUUCCGCAGCGGUUUCAUCCUGGUACUGCACGGUGUGCCGGGCCUACAACAGCUCUGCUGCUGCAUCCGUCACUCGCCGCCCAACAUCGCACGUAACGUUGGCUCCAGUGUGGCCCUCGCCGGAAUCGAUGAAGUAUCGCAUUUGCAUCGAGUUAACACAUGUACCACGUACAUAAGCACCAGAAGGAAACCCAACCAUAGCGUACAGGUGCAAUCGACGGAGACGUCCCUGUUGCGGUGA